GGAGCGCGCGGGGCUGCUGGCAUUUGGCGGGUGGAGGGGGCGCGCGUGCCGCGGGUUGGAAGUGGUUGGCGGGGGAGCGCGCGCGCGCGCGCGCCGCGGCUGACAGUUGGCCCCGAGUUGCCAGCGGAGCGGGCAUCAGCAGCAGCAGCAGCAGCAUGUGCCUGUCGUGUGCGGCGGACAGGACACGGAGCAGCGCACCAAGCGAGCCCGAGCAGUGGCACCCGGACCCGCCGCUGCAGGCGCCGCCCGGGGCGCUGAGGGGGUCGGAGGGAGUAACAGUGGGGGGAGCACGCACGCACGUACGCCGGCAGCCAACAGUGAGCAGCGAACCCGAGUUCGGGAUGGGAAACUUCACCCGGAUAAAGUCGGCGGCUGAGACACCCAACUCUCGUUAGAGCCGCGGAGGUAGGCAGAUCGUGCCAUAACAGCGGGACACAUGACAUAGGAUGAACACUGCUCAUCGCCUGAUAUUAUCUGUGUUGUUGUCCCUUGUUCUACUCACAUUGGGGUUUGAUGUCAGUGAAAACGUAUGUUCCACAUUGAUAUCUGGAAUACUGUACAGAUCAUUCUCUCUUCAAGAUGCAUUUCCAAAAGCUUUUUCUGGUUGUUCCUGGACUGUUGAAAACCCAGAUCCAACAAAAUAUUCAAUUUACUUAAAAUUUCACAAAGAGAAACAGAUUUGCUCCCAUCUCUCUCUGAUGGUACUGCAGUUGGAUCACUACAUUCCGAAUCAGACUUGCAGCACAUUGGAUUAUAUCGAUUAUGAUGCUAUUAAUUUAUGUGAAACAAGGAAUUUAUUUACAUUUUUACAGUUUGAUAAGGAUUUUGUACAAUUUUGUCUGACUUCGGAAUCAGUUUUGAAUGAACACAUAGGAAAAAAUGUAAUGGAAUUUCAAUUAUUGGAGGUUAUUUUACUGAAUAAUGAGAAUUCCAGCCAGUUUGGCUGUGGAGUAUUAUGUCAUUGGCUUGAGAACUGCUUGAGCAACAGGAAUCGUCACGAGCCAUGUGGAAUUAAUUACUCGGGUUGUGGAUGCCCCGACAUGCAUGAAAAUGAGUCAGAUUCAACCACGGUACUACCUUUCCUCAAGAAUGAGUUUGUAUCAUCAAAAUUACUUUCCAGGAAUGUGAAUGAGUUGAAUGUUAAGAGUGGUGCAGCAAAAGUUGGAAGUGAAAUUAAGAAACAGCGGAAAAUUAGGCGGCAGCAUCCAAGAUCAGCUGAUGGUUCUGGAACAUUUAUGGCACAAAUUGGUGAUCCAGCUGCUGAGGAGUGGUCUCAGUGGAGUGUGUGCUCACUGACAUGUGGCAUGGGAUGGCAGGUGCGAACAAGAUCUUGUGUAGCCUCUCCAUACGGGACACUGUGCAGCGGUCCACUAAGGGAAACACGAACAUGCAAUAAUACAGCAACAUGUCCAGUACAUGGUCUGUGGGAGGAAUGGUCGCCAUGGAGUUUGUGCUCAGUUUCCUGUGGGAGAGGAUCGAGAACCAGAUCGCGGAUGUGCGUUGCUCCACAACAUGGAGGGAAAGCGUGUCAGGGCUCAGAACUGCAAACCAAGCUCUGCAACAUUGCACUUUGCCCUGUUGAAGGGCAGUGGCUGGAUUGGGGACCGUGGAACAGAUGCUCAGUCACGUGUUCAAAUGGAACGCAGCAGAGGACCCGCAAAUGCAUUUUGACGCAGGGAUGGACAGCGUGUAAAGGUCACCAGGCUGAGGCCCGCAAAUGCUUCAACCAGGAAUGCUCAAAUGAUGGCAAAUGGGGUCCAUGGAACCACUGGAGUUUGUGUUCCAAGACUUGUGACAGUGGCUGGCAACGGCGCUUCCGAAUGUGCAAAGGGACAAGUGUUAAAGGUUACCCAUGUGAAGGAUCAGGAGAAGAAGUCAAGACAUGUAAUGAGAAAAGAUGUCCAGCACCUCAUGAGAUGUGUAGAGAUGACUACAUCAUGGCAAUGACAUGGAAAAGGACUGCAGCUGGAGACCUUGUUUACAGCAAAUGCCCUCCUAAUGCAACAGGCUCAGCCAGCCGCAGAUGUUCAUUGAAUUCUCGUGGAAUUGCAUUUUGGGGACCACCAAGUUUUGCCAGAUGUGUCUCACAUGCUUACAGUCAUCUAUACGUAUCGAUUCGAGAACACCUGGCUAAAGGACAACGUACUCUGGCAGGAAAGGGCAUGUCAGAGGUCAUAAGGACUAUGCUAGGAUUAAUGGAGAGAAAGAAUUUCUACAGUGGAGAUCUUUUGUUCUCUGCAGACAUAUUACGAAAUGUAACCGAUACAUUUAAAAGAGCCAGCUACAUUCCAGCUUCUGAAGAUGUACAAAAGUUCUUUCAGAUUGUCAGCUACAUGCUUGAAAUAGAAAAUAGAGCAAAGUGGGACGAUGCAUUACAGGUUGCACCUGGCUCUGUCCACUUAAUGCGGGUUGUUGAAGAUUUCAUCCAUAUCGUGGGUCAUGGGCUCAAGGUGUUUCAGAGUGCCCUUAUAGUGACAGAUAAUCUAGUAACUUGCAUUCAGCGAGAACCUGUAUCUGCUGUAUCAAGUGAUAUUAGUUUCCCAAUGAAAGGAAGGAGAGGAAUGAAAGAUUGGGCCAGAAACUCAGAAGACAAGAUUUAUAUUCCAAAAGAGGUUUUUACAAUUCUUCCUUCAGAAGCAGAAGAUUCAGCCUACUACAUUAUUGGAACUGUGCUGUACCGUACUCUGGGUCUCGUUUUACCUGUUGCAAAAAAGUCAAUGGCAAUAAAUUCGAAAAUUCUGGCUGUAACAGUAAGACCACUGCCCAAGGCUUCAGAACCAAUAGUUGUUGUAGAGCUGUCUCAUCUUAUUAAUGGAACAUCUGACUCACACUGUGUUGUUUGGGACGAUUCCAAAACGGAUACAGGUCCUGGCAGCUGGGACCCUCAGGGCUGUGAAACAGUGCACACACAAGCAUCACACACUAAAUGCCUCUGUCAUCAACUGGCUACUUUCGCCAUUUUAGCCCAGCAACCGAGGGAUUCGAGCAUGGAUUUCACUGGAGUGCCAUCAGUCCCAUUGAUGAUCGGAUGUGGAAUUGCUUGUAUGGCUCUCUUAACAUUGCUUGCUGUAUAUGCUGCAUUUUGGAGAUUCAUAAAAUCGGAGCGAUCCAUUAUACUGCUCAACUUUUGCCUAUCUAUAAUGGCAUCAAAUAUCUUGAUUUUGGUUGGUCAAACACAGAUACACAGCAAGGGUGUGUGUAUGAUGACAGCAGCGUUCCUGCAUUUCUUUUUCCUCUCUUCAUUCUGUUGGGUAUUAACAGAAGCCUGGCAGUCCUAUCUCGCUGUGCUGGGUAAAAUUAGGACGCGGCUGAUAAGGAAACGCUUUCUCUGCCUUGGCUGGGGAUUACCUGCACUGAUUGUGGCCAUUUCAGUGGGAUUUACCAAAGCCAAAGGAUAUGGAACAGCAAAUUACUGCUGGCUGUCCUUGGAAGGAGGCCUCCUUUAUGCUUUUGUCGGACCUGCUGCAAUCAUUGUCUUGGUAAACAUGCUGAUUGGAAUCAUAGUGUUCAACAAGCUCAUGUCCCGGGAUGGAAUAUCAGAUAAGUCCAAAAAGCAACGAGCAGGUCAGGCGAUUGAAGUCCGUAGCGGUUUGAUGCUGAAAUGUUCCAAGUGUGGAGUUGUUUCAACAACAGCAUUAUCUACCACCAUCACCAGUAAUGCCAUGGCAUCCUUGUGGAGCUCAUGUGUUGUUCUCCCGUUGCUGGCACUGACCUGGAUGUCAGCCGUACUGGCGAUGACUGAUCGGCGAUCGAUCUUGUUUCAAAUAUUGUUUGCAGUUUUUGACUCCAUUCAAGGCUUUGUGAUUAUCACAGUCCACUGCUUCCUGAGGAGAGAGAUUCAGGAUGUUGUAAAAUGCCGAACAGGAAGCUGCAAAAAUGAAGAGAAUGAAAACUCACCUGAUUCGUACAAAAAUGGUCAAGUCCAGAUAAUGACAGAUUUUGAAAAGGACGUGGACCUGGCUUGCCAGUCUGUGCUCUUCAAAGAGGUUAACACUUGCAACCCAGCGACUAUCACAGGGACAAUGUCUCGCAUUUCACUGGAUGACGAGGAAGAUGAAAAAAUGAACAUCAGCAAUGAAGGAAUGAAUUUCUCCACCCUUCCAGGAAACAUCCCACCGGGAAAUGUGUUAGUCCAGUUACCUCCAAUGCAGCAUCUGCACGAUGUGAUGUCUGGUAUGGGGGAACUGAACGAACCAGCCAAAAAAGAAACCAACAGUGAGCUGAGGGGAACCCUGUAUCUGUGCACAGACAACACCCUGAGGCCGGUGGACUUGAAGUGGAGGCGAGCUCAGGAGCAGCCGCUGGAGGGAGACUACAUGGUGCUCCCCAGACGCACUGUCAGUUUAAAGCCUUUCAUCAAGGACGAGAGCAAAUUGAACGUCAAUGUGGACAACAGCAGGCACAAUAUCACUGGGAGCCAACCAGUCGAGUCAGAGAUUUACCCAAACUUUGUCUCCGUUGAUCAGAUCAAUUACAACUUUAAUCAACCUUAUGGAACUCUUAAUUAUCCACGGAGUUCAGCCCAAAAACAUCACCCUUCAGUGAGGCACAUUCUGGCAUCUGAAUUUGCAGACAGGAGCAGGACCAUGCCACGCAGUAAGCCAAGCUCAUCAGGGUCCAUGGGCUCUUUAGAAAGGAGAAGAUUGAGGUACUCUGACCUUGACGUUGAGAAAGUCAUGCACACAAGGAAACGUCACUCCGAACUCUACAAUGAAUUAAACCAGAAGUUCCACACCUUGGACAGGUGCCGAGACCCUGAACUCUCAACAUUUAAGCGGGAGAAACGGUGGAGCAUUUCAUCAGCGGGAGCUGAAAAGAGCACGUUAGUUGAGAAAGCUACCCCUGCAGAGCAAUCUUGGGACAACCUCAAGACCACGCCAACCAACACACUUCGUUCAGAUGCCCAGGAAAAUGUAGAAUUGCAUUCACCAGACUGGGAGGCAUCUGCCACAAUCUCUAUGGAUACAGAAGGAGACUUUCAAACUGAAGUUUAAUGUGGAUUCAGAGGUAAACAAACCAUAAACAGCAGACUUGGAAAAUAUAUUUUCACACUGAUGCAUUGCGAAGGAUUCAUUUUGUGUUGAGUUCCUGGAUCUCUUUCAAUUGAUGUGAACGGUAAUCAUCUACCAGUCAGAAAAGCGGAAUUCACCAACGCUCUGUUCUUACGCUCAACUUUCUCACUGUGGCUGGUGAGCGAGAAUGCAAGACACAUAAAUCUGUGAAACUGUCUCAGAUCUACAUACACAAGACUUUGUUCCUUUUGAUGUAUGUCUGUGCAACCCAAGACUGAAACUAAAAGGAUUCAGGCAUUUAGAAAACUAGUUGGCAAAAAAUCUAAAGUAAAAUUAAUGUUCAUUUGAGAUUGACCAUUUUUGUCUCCCUAUUUUAUGUAGAAAAAGACAAUCAUGAAGCAAUUAUGUCAACUUUUAUACCUGAUUUGUAAGUCGCAGCUUUUCAGUAAUUCUCCUCUUUUCCAUAGGCUGUGACUUACGAACUGGAUUUUUGCAAUGGCUGCUCCUUGGUGGCCUUUCCUCUGUCUCCUCUCCAUGUUCAGUGUCCAUCCAUGGCCACAGUACUACUCUUGCAUCCAACCUCCACAAACAUGGACCUAUGAGGUAACCGUGUGAGCCUCUGACGCAACAAAACCUCACUAGACGCAAGCAGAGGGCACAACGUAGUUUCAAUGGCACACUGGUGCCAUUUUUAAAAUCAGAUUCACACCUACUUCGGCCUUUAAUGGGAGAACAGUGUUUCUCAACAUUAACCUCUACAACUUUGUAUUGGAGACAUAAAUUGUAGAUACAAAAAGAAACUGUUUAGGAAAUAAUAACGUAAUCUUUCACAUACCAAUCAAGUAAUGAAUGGGAAUAAGAAUCAGGAUAUGGCAGUCAUUAAAUCUCGGGAGCUGACCAGGUGGGGGAGCUGUCCAGGUUUUACACUGGAGGCAGUAGAGACUGUUAUUUUUAGGGUCGGGAUACGGAAUAACAUGGGGUUUAUUGGCUGGGCACCAAUGAAGUGCUUCUCAGGAACAGGAAAUGCAGUAAUUUCUCAGCAGAUCAGUUUUCAUCAACCUGAAGUAUUAUUUCUCCUCUCUCCAUAGAUGCUGCCUGACCUGCUGAGUAUUUUUAGCAUUUCCUGUUUGCAUUUUAUAUUUUUGGCAUCAGUUUUUUUUUUGCUUCUUUCUCAGGAACAUGUAUUGCAAUUAUUGAUAUACGUUAUCAAAAUAUGUCAUCUAAUUUCCUCAAUCAAGGAUGGUGAACACAAUCAGAAAUCCCAUCUGCUUUUUAUAAAUGCAGACUUUCCUCCUGCACAGACUCUUUAAAUUUAAAAAAAAAGCACGUGAAACCUCAUGGGAGAACAUAAAUGUUAGGGCAUGAUAUUUGUGUUCAGAGAUAAUGAAGUCAGUUUUUCUCAUUGUUUACAAUCGUACUCACACAUGCGCACACAGACCCAUGGAGAUGAUGUGUACAUAUUGGGUCAUUCCAGACAUAAAUGGCCUGCCACACCUCUGACUCCUUAGCAUUGAGUGAGACACCGUCCCCAAUCUGUAAAGGAUCUGGAGUUUGUUAUCCAACAAUUUCACACUAGGACCUGCAGACAGACAGACUCCCAUUCCUGCUCUGGAAAUGGCCGUUUCUUCAAUGGUCUGAUUAAAUUGCAUGGCAUUUUGUUAAUUAAAUUCACACAGUCAAAUCUCAUAGUUGGUAGUGCUCUCACUGUUCCUGGUAAAUCACCAGCUCAGACCCCUGCCAGGAUUUUGAGCCACUGGCUGGAACCUCCAAUAAUGCCGAGCCCAUGGAGCAUAAUGCUUAUACAUAAAAAGGUACACAGAGGGUUCUGGAUGACUGGAACUAUAUAAAGCAGGAUCUCACCCAGAGUAAGCAUCGGGAACCCAAUGCCUAGGUUCGAGACUGUAAAGAGGAACUGGGAAGGAGAUUGGAAACCUUGAAGCUCAGGAUCGGUCUCAGGAACAAUACGAUAGAGAUGUAAACCAAGGAAAUAGAAUAUAGUUUGGGAACCAGGUACAUUUGAUAUUCAGUUCCUGGAAUUAUGCCAUCUUUAAUCCUCCAGUGAUCAAUAUCCUUACCUUUUUAUAUUUUCAGCAUCUUUAUUCCAGAUAGCGGCUGGUUUCCUUAGCAGACUAGACCAGGCUAUAAUCAUGAGUGUUGGAAAGUAUGAAAAUGAAGACCAAUCUCUAGCUCAUUGCCAGACAAUAUAUUGCUCCUUAAUUGUUCCAAAAGGCAUACUUGCCAGAUUUAAAAUCUGACAAUGUGGAACUGCGGUGGAUUUGUUUGAUAGCUAAGGCACUGAAUAUUUGGCUCCCACCAUUCCUGCAGUCUAGGUUGGUGCAGCCUGGUUUGGGCAAAGUGGAGGCCAACCAGUGGCACGGAGGGAAAAAUCAGCUGGUAUGCUGAGCUUUGUGGAGAGAUCAGCUUCUUAGUGAAGUCACUGCAGGAUUAACAGGUAGUGGCACAGAAUGUUAGCAAACGGCCUUGGGCUGGUGUGUUGACCUUACGAGAAGAAAGCCCAUGAAUGCCCGCAAGCAUGGAAGAGGCUGGCGGUAGGUUGUGGUAGAUCUGCCCUGUACCGAGUAUGUUUGCUUCAUCUCAGUCACACAUAGAAGGCAACAUCACACAUGUCUAAUUGAAAUAAUUAUGCACCUAACUAUGAAAUAAUUAUGGAAAGCAUCAGUAUAACACAUCUAUCAAUAAAAAUUCUAAUUAUUGGAACUGCCUAGAAUACAUUUCAAAGUAUUUUUCACCUGCUCCUUUGGUAUGUAGAUUUACACAAGAGUAUACAAAUAAAAUGUUCUGCUGUUGAACUGCUCCUUGCUCCAAAUCAAAACUUUAUAAAGCAGCUGCAGUUUCUGAAUGUGGCCCAAUCAACACCCACGCAACAGAGAUGCUCUUUCACAAUAUCAAUUAGGAUGCCUGAAAAUGUGUCCGUCCUAACUUUUAUCCUUUUCUUCAGAAAUCAUUUUUACAGGUUUUAUUUCCAUAACAUUGUCUCAUUAUGUUCUCCCUUGAAUUAUUUUUUUAAAGAUAUAUUUACAUAACCAUGCUAUUAAUUUUUCUUAGCUUUCACUAGUCUAUUGGUCCAAACAAGGUUUAGUGACAGUACAUUUGUGUUUGUCCAGGUACCUGGAACUGGACAGUUCCACCCCCAUCACUGAUGAGAGCUAGACUAUGAAUCUCAAUUAAUAUGUUAUUACCUUAAGUUUUUUUACUUGAAUUAUCUAUGUCCUUUCGAAGAGAGGUUAUUUUAGCUUGAAAAUAUUUGUUGCAACUGAUUAUAAAAUAGCAGUUUUCUUUUAUGCAUUGUUUUUAUUAAUGCAUCCAAAGUGCAAAUGAGGAAAAAUAACCCAUACAAAGUGUCAAGAGUUCUUUCAUUAAAGCACACUUUAAUUGGUGAAGCCUCCUGUAAUUCCCAUUUUCCAGCAAAAAUAAAUCUCCUGUACUCAGCAUGACACCCCAUUUGGUGAAUCUUACUGUGUGCCUGAUGUUAUUCAUUCCCUAUAAUAGGACCAAUCUGAAAUUAGUACAUAUUAGAAACAUAAGACUGAAGGUGGCUAUUUAGUUGUAAUGCCACACCCCUGUAUCUUCCAUCAGCUUGUAAGUUCCUUAUCAUCAGGUAUUUUUGGAAUCAGCUUCCAGGCAACUUUCUAAAAUGAAACAUGUUCUCCUCAUCGCUCCUCUGGAUAUUUUACCAGUGACUUUAAAACUGUGAUGUCCAGUUAUUAAUUUAUUCACCACAAAAAGUUAUAUAUCUCAAUCAUAGCUUUCAUUGUGAGCACUGCUGUUGGUCACCUCUUAACCUUUUAUGCACCAAAGGGAUCUGUCCAAACUUCUCCAACCUCGAGGAGCAGGGCAGCACUGUGGCGCAAGCAGUAGAGUUGAUGCCUUACGAUGCCAGAGACCUGGGUUCAACCCUGUCUAUGGGUGCUGUCUCUACGGAGUUUGCACGUUCUCCCUGCGACCUGCGUGGAUUUUCUCCGGGGGGCUCCGGUUUCCUCUCACACUCCAAAUACAUACAGGUUUGUAGGUUAAUUGGCUUGGUAUAAUUGUAAAUCGUCUCUAGUGUGUAGAAUAGUAUGCGAGGAUUGCUAGUCAGCACAGACUCAGUGGGCCGAAGGGCCUGUUUCCAUACUGUAUCUCUAAACUAAGCUAAAUUUAUCUGGUAAUGGUCCUUAAUCCCUAUUAACUUCCCAGUAAGUCAACUCAAUGGUCUCUCCAAGGUUUUGACAUCCUUCGUGAAGUGUGUCAGUAAGUAUCAAUAAAAAAUAAAUGAGGGCAAGCUAGCAAUUUAUAAGGGUCUGCUACCACAUUCCCCAGGUAAUAAACUCAGCAAUGCAAGAGCUUUUAACAACGUUCUGAAUUUGCCCCUCUAUGUUUAAGGAUUUGUUAUCCAUGGCAUUUAUGGUUUAUCAUUAGUUUAAUUAUCAGGGUCAUGUGUACCAAGGCACAGUGAAUAUAUUUAUUUUGAGUUCCAUCCAGUCAGAUCAUACCAUACAUCCAAGUAAUGCAAAGGGGGAGAAUACAAUGUAGUAUAAAGUGUUACAACUACAGAUAAAGUUCAGAUUUUAAAAAAAUGCAAGAGGCACAAUGAUGUAAGUUGGAAGAUCAAGAAUUAUUGGUGUGUGAAAGGACCAUUCAAGAGUGUGAUAACAAAAGGAAAUGAAUCUGUUCUUGAGUCCUUUGCUACAUUAUUUCAAACUUUUGUACGUUCUACUUGAUAGGAGAGGGGAGGAGAGUGUGACCAAAGUGGGCGAGGCUCUUGAUUAUGUUGGCUGCUUUCCCGAGGCAGUGGGAAUUGUAGAUGGAGUCAAUGCUGGGAGGCUGGUUUGUGUGAUGGACUGGGUAGCAUUCACAAUUCUCUGUAAAUGGUUGUGGCCUUGGGCCGAUCAGUUGCCUUACCAAGCUGUGAUACAUUCCGAUAGGAUGCUUUCUAUGGUAUUUAUGUAAAAGUUGGUAAGAGUCAUCAGAGAUGCCAAAUCUCCUCAGCUUUCUGAGAACAUAGAGGUGUUGGGGUGCUUUUUUGAUCACAGCACCAAUGUGGUUGAGCCAGGACAAAUCCUUGGCGAUAUUUUCACCCAAAAACGUGAAGCUCUUACCAAAUCUACCUCAGCACCAUUGAUGCAGACAAGGCCAUGUACUCCACGCCACCAUGUUGGAAUAAUGUUGUUCUGUCACAGGUUAUUGUCCAUCUAUAUACCUUGUGCAAUUUCAAGAGCAAAUCUGCCAUUCUGAGUGUAGACAUUGGUAAUGUCUUGUUGGAUUAGGAUAGUUCAUGUGUGCAGGUCAGAAACCCAGAGGUUUAAGUGCUGCUCAGCACAAGCUUGUGUGCUCAGCAAGCUGGAGCCUGGCCAAAGAUCACGUAACCAGAGCAGUCUGCCAAUCCCACUAUACCACACCCUCCGGUGACAUCCCCACAAAAUGUAGAAGGCCUCACUGAAUAAUGUCCAGAAAUCUGGUUCAAAGUUGCAUCUGAAUUAAAUGCAUCAAAUCUUGUGCAGCAGACUCUCCAAAAACAAUGCUGAUGAAUCUCUUUAUAUAGGUGGUCCACAAGCUGCCCUCUAAGAGCCUGCUUUAGGCUUGUGACCCAUGCUGUUAGGCUGUUUUGAAUCCAGUUCAAAGCAACAAGUGACACUAAAUCUGGGUGGCACAAUGAUUGACAGGCUUGCUGCACUCUCAGCACCUUUUAUGUAUCACUGCAUCGAGCACAAAAAGCAAUGUUUCAGUGUGCACUAUAAAUGUUUUAUAUUGCCGAUAGCAUUCAGCAAUUGAUUUUACUCCACAAUUCAAGUGCACAGCAUAUAAGAAACAUGUGCUACAUAAUUGAAAUUCUUGGCCCAGGAUUCUUUUCCAUUUUUUUUUCAUAAAGUCAAAACAAUUAUAAUCUGGCAUCUUUUCAUGUUAGCCCACUUAAAGCUUCACAUCACACGGAAUUCUAUCAGCCAUACAUCAGCCCCUCUACCUUUAUAUGGGACAUAGCUAAACAGUGAAGGAAAUGCAAGGCAAUAUAUUGAUUCACUUUAACUCAUUAUCUUUUCGUGCCUCAUGGUUCUUAUUCAGUGUUGCUUUUGAACUAUCAACCUUUUAAUAGGAUGUGUCAUUUUUUAUGAAGAUGUUCAUCGGUUUGUCCUUGUAUUCUAAGGAAGCACGGUUGAGCUAAAUGAAAUGGGCCUUAUAACAACUACAAGCCUGCCUCAACUAAAACCCCACCCACUGAUGAUAAAGGCAAUGAUAAAUUUGUAAACAGGCUGCUUCCCCAUGUCAAGAGAACCUUCAAAUAGUGAAGGUUGGCGUUGGUGAUGAACUUAGCAACUGCCUUCAGGGCAACUGCACAACCUAUGUCUAUCUUGGGAAUUGUGUACAACAAUCAAGACCUCAACCUGGCACAAAGUUUUUGGACUUCAGUGCAGUACCUACUUUACUGUAUGUCUUUGACUUAUAGACAACCUACAGCAGGCACCAGGAAACACCGGAGAUAUACAACUAACGGUGGAAUGCGAAAUGUUCCAAAUAUACUGGCAGGAAAAGCAAGACAACAUCAGUGUCCUUCACAUGCAAACCCUCCAGUACUGAGGCUCCAAUUACACUCAGUCAGAUCCAAUGGGUAGGGCAAAUUGUUUCCAUACCCAGCACCCCAAAAAGAGGCCCACCGUAGCCCUAUAUCUGACGAGGGAUGUGUUGGCUUUGGAGAGGGUCCAGAGAUGGUUUCGAGAAUUAUCCCACAGAUGAUUGGGUUAACAUAUGAUGAGUGUUUGACGGCACUGAGCCUGCACUCGUUGGGGUUUUGAAGAAUGAAGGGACACCUCGUUGAAAGUUACCAAAUAGUGAAAAGCCUGGUUAGAGUGGAUAUGAAAACAAUGUUUCCACUAGUGGGAGUGUCUGGAACCAGAGGGCAUAGCCUCAGAAUAACAGAACAUAACUUUAGAAAAGAGAUAAGAUUUCUUUAGUCAGAGGGUGGUGAAUCUGUGGAAUUCAUUGCCACAGAUAGUGGUGGAGGCUAAGUCAUUAGUUAUUUUUCAGGCAGACAUUGACAGAUUCUUGAUUGGUCAAGAGUUAUGAAAAGGUAGAAAAAUAGGGCUGAGAGGGAAAGAUACAUUAGCCAUGAUUGGAUGGUGGAGGAGACUCAAUGGGCCGAAUGGCAUACUUCUGCUCCUAUGACAUGGACUUAUUAACUGAUAACAGGCGAACAUGUCAACUGGACUUGUGUGACAGUUCAGGAGUCUGAUAACAGAGGUGAAGAAGCUAUUCCGGAGUCUGGUUGUACAUGCUUUCAUCUUUUGCAAGUUCUGCCCAACAGGAGAGGAGGGGAGAGGGAAUGACAGGGGUAUAAAACUGUAAGAUAUCCUGUAUUGUGAGACGUCAAGAUCAUGUUGGUAUGGAAAAAACAGCAACGGAUUUGUUAUGUUUCAGAAAACCUAGAUUGCUCCAGAGAUAUUGUUUGAAAUUUUCUCAGGCAUGGACUGUGGUGUUUUAAAUUUCUAAUGGCAAUAAAGUAAAUUGCAUAACUGCAGGAAUGGUGUUGAUCAUUUUUAAAUUAAAAGAUCAUGACUGCGAGAAGGUUAUUGACAUUAUAUAGGUGUCCUUUCAUAUGGAUUAAGCAGAUAAUGUUCCUUUUAAUUGUUAUCCUGCAAUCACGUAUCUGACUCUUUCAAAUGAACGUGCACAAAUAUGUUGGCAUUUUGAACAUAAUUCAGCUCAUGCAGUCAGUAAAAUUAGAUGUGAUUAGAUAAUAAUUCACUAAUUAAGUUUUUUCUAGCUGCUCAGUGAUGGAAUACUGGGUAAAAAUCUAUGCGGCUGCUGUGAAUGUGCAAGUAUGUGCAAGGGAAUGUUGCAGCAUGGGACCCAUACGCAAAUAAAAACAUUUCUUCCAUCGAACGUGUCCAAAGACAGGCAGCUCGAUUUGUUACUAACACCUAUGAGAGAGAAGCGAAUGUCACCAAACUUCUGAAUUCUCUGGGGUGGAACCCUCUCCAAGGCAGACGUGAAGCUCACCAUUUGACCUGUUUUUACAAAAUGUUAAAUGGUCAGCUCGACAUAGAUUACAAGACCUACACCAAACCCAAACCAAUUAGGAGCAGACGAGGGCAUUCGAUCAAAUAUGUGAUCCCAGCUACAAAGACAGAUGUGUACAGCAAUUCGUUCUUCUCCCGCACAAUUAAAGCAUGGAAUAAUCUCCACCCUACUAUAUUUACCCAACCAGAUACAACUAAAUUUAAAGUAGCUCUUUCUUCCCAAUAGCCCUUUCUGGCUUAAGCCCUCCCUUCACCACCUCCAGUUUCAAUUCCAUUUGGAAUAUUUUGGAGGACCAAGAAACCAAGAACCAAGAACUGAGUCUGACAACCUGUAUCAGGUCAGCCAUCUGCUUCUUAGUUAGGCAAGGUCUGUCAGCAUCAUCACACGAGGCCGGCAGGUCAGCCUUGAAUCAACUACCACAGUGAUUAGAGUUCCAUCAGAAACUUCCCAGCUUCAAUAACUUUCAUGGCUAUCAUUUCUUCUUGGUACUUUUUGAUAAGUAAUGGCUAUACAGGUACUGUAGAUAGGAUGGUGAAGAAAGCAUUUGGUACGCUUGCCUUCAUCAGUUAGUGUAUUGAGAAGGGAAGUUGGGACGUCAUGCUCCACUUGUACAAGACGCUGAGACCACAUAUGGAGUAUUGUGUGCAACUCUGGUCACCCAACUAGAGGAAGAAUGUUAAGUUGGAAUGGGUGCUGAAAAGAUGUACCAGGAUUAGAGGAUUUAAAAAGAGGGUCAAUGGCUGGGAUCUUUCCUGGAGUACAGGAGACUGACGGGUGACCUUAUAUGGAUUUACAAAAUAAUGAGAGGUAUAGAUAAGAUUCAUAAUCACAGUCUUUUUCCCCCCCAGAAUAGUGCAGUCGAGAAAUAGAAGGAACAGGUUUAGGUGAGAAGGGAAAGAUUUAAGACACCUAACGAACAAUUUCUUCACACAAAGUGGUGCGAAUAGGGAACGAGCUGCCAGAUGAAGCUGUAGAGGCAAGUACAAUGGUGAUGUUUAAAAUACAUUUAGUCAGGUACAUGAAUAGGAAUGGUUUAGAGGGAAAUGGUUUACAGGCAAAUGGGAUUAACCCAUUUGUAAAAGCUGGUCGGCAUGAGUGAAUUGGGCCGAUGGGCCUGUUUCUAUAAUGUAUAACUAUGAUUAAUUUAAAUGCUUUUAAAAUCGAAUUCAUUUUUGAAUAGAAAAUAAGAGAACACUUGUGCUCAAUUCACCAAGGCCUGUUGGAUCUCCUGGUUGUUAACCAUUUUAACUCCCCUUCCCAUUCCCAUAUGGACCUUUCUAACCUGAGCCUCUCCCAUUGGCAGAGUGAGGCCACAUACAAACUGGAGGAACAGCACCUCAUAUUCUGCUUGGGUAGCUUACAACACAGCGGUAAUACUAACCAACAACAACCCUUUCCUCUUCCCCUGUCUCCUUUCACCUAUAUCCAUUCCUCUUGUAUCAUGUUUUGAACACCUUCUCUCUUUAUCUCACAGCCUUUUGUCUUCUUUCCAUCUCUGGCCUUUGUUCACCCAUCUGCCAAUCAAAACCCCCGGAUCUGUAUCCAUCCAUCCACCUGCCAGGCUUUUCUCGCCCCCACCUCUUUCCCAGCUUUAUACUCUACUACAAUCAGUCUGAAGAAACAUCACCUAUCCAUCUUCUCCACAGAUGUUGCCUGUCCUGCUGAGUUAAUCCAGCACUUUGCGACUUUUUUUAGGAAUUAAAAAAUAUAUAUUUCUAUUUGCAUUUGAGGCCAGCUCAUGCAUCUUCCCAUAGUAGAGGAAAGCUCAGGGAUCAUAUCUCCGGAAACGUAUCUACCUGACUAAAUGGUAGAGACCAGUUACAAACGAGACUCGCUCUACGAAACAAGAAGUGGUAAGGUGGACUUUAGAUGGCAACUAAAUAAUGAAUACCAUGCAAUUGCAUAGAAUAAUUCGAAGUAUUUUUGUGUCAAGAACCUCAGGAUACGAGGAAAGAUUGCUCAUAACCAAGGUGAGCCUCAUCAUUCAAUUGAAACAACUUCACCCUCAUCUCCACCUCUUCACACUCCAUGACCAAAACUUUAACUCACCCUACCUGCACUUCACUUCUGGGCUUCUGUAACAAUCUCUUCACCAAUGCCCUCUUCUAAUUCCUGUUAUUCACCUCUCUGCGGUUACUCUUUCCCACAUCCAUUCCCAUGCCCUCCACUCACUGUUUGCCCUCUGCAACAUUCCUCUGUUAACCUCCUGAUAGAGAUGAUUGAUGAAAGCGCAUUAGAUAUCUUCCAGUUAUUAUUUCCUAUUAACAUCUUUGAAAAGUUUCAACUUUUGGCUUGAUAUGCAAGGUAUGGUUCUAGAGGAAACUGUUUUGCUCACAUCCACUCAAGACAGCAACUGAAAUGUCAAAUAAUUGUGUUUAAUUUGAUUACUAUUAAAUACGUGGUUCUAAGCUACAAGGUUAGCCCAGAAGAUAUCCGUCAGACUUGGAUAUUACAUUCAAAGAUGCAGCAUAAGCCCGUAAUACAAAUGUACAAAUGACAGAAUUUUGAGGAGUGGCGCAGCAGCAAAAUAGGGCAGCAUAUUGGCGCAGUUAGUCGAGCUUCUGCCUCACAGUGCCGGAGACCAGUGUUCCAUCCUGGCCAAGGGUCCUGUCUGUGUGUGGAGUCUGCACACUGUAAACACAAGGGUUUCCUCCGGGUGUUCCGGUGUCCUCCCAUAUCCUAAACACGUGUGGGUGUAUUUUAUUGUCAUGCGUACCAAAAACAGAACAAUGAAAUUCUUACUUGCAGCAACAUAACAGCUCUGUAAACACAGUACAUAGACAACACAAUAAACAAAAGAAAGUUCAAUUCAUUAAAAAUUGUAUGUGAAUUGGCAUCUGUAAUUUAGCCCUAAUGUGUAGGGAGUGGAUGAUAACAUGGAACUAGUGUGAAUGAGUGAUCGAUGGUCAUCAUGUACUCGGUGGGCUGUAGGGCCUGUUACCAAUCAAUUGUGAUUCACCACUUUAGGAAAAAAACUAGGGUGUCUUCAAGUUAGAGCUGCUACCUGACAGUCCCAGUGAUCCAGGCUCAAUCCUAACCUAGGAUUUGGAAUUUACACAUUCUCCCUAUGAACAUGAGGUUUUCCCCACUUGCUUCAGUUUUCUUCCACAUCCCAAAGACGUGUGGGUUGGUAGGUUAAUAUUGCCCUUGCUGUAUAUGUGUGGUAGAAUCUGGAGGAAUUGAUAAUAAUGUCGGAAGAAAUUCAAAAAGGCAUUAAUGUAAGAUUGGUGUGGAAUGGAUGGUUGAUGGUCAGCACAGACUCGAUGGGCCAAAAGGUCACCUGUGCUGCAGCCCAAUGAUAAAAUGAUAAACAUUCUUUAGAUACAUUAACAACUGUUGCUCCUCUUGAAAGAAUGAAAAUGAAUGACUUGGCAACCAUCUGAGUCACACUCAUUCUCCUUUAGGAAAUCAGUGCUGAUUUUUAUGAAAUGAUGCUGAUAGCCCAGCUAAAUCUUCUUACUCCGACUAAUCUUCUUAAAUCCCCAUCUUCUUAUAUUUGAUGCACACCACCUUUCUCCCUGAUAAAUUGGUGAAUGAGAAAUAUUUAAUCACAUUUUGUGGUUAGCUAAAUAGGAAAUGUACAAGUUACUUCAGUCAAGAUAAUCUAUUCAUGGUUUAACAUUAAGAACUUACCCAUAAAGGAAUAAUACCUUAGUGUUAAAAAUAAACAGAAUUAUAAAUAAAGGGAUUCUCCAACACAGUGUCUGUAAAAUUGUUUAUUUGGGAUUUUAAAAGUAAUUGAACAGAAUUCCUGAACCUAGACUGGACUAUCUAACUGUUCAAGGCAAAAAAACUGUGCCUACUGUCUUUGUCUUCCUGUGCCUGAGGGACCAGUCGUUGGAUGGGAGUUAAAUGCAAGCACACAGCUCCAGUACCCAUUUCUAUUACAAGGAUACAACUGAAAGAAAAUUUCAUUAGGCAAGAAAUAGAAUUGGGUAGGCUAAUGGGACUAAAGGAUGAUAAAUGCCCGGGGCCUGAUGGACUGCAUCCCAGGGUCCUCAGGGAGGUGGCUCUAGAAAUACUGGACGCAUCGGUGAUCAUUUUCCAAUGUUCAAUAUAUUCAGGAUCAUCAGUUCCUGUGGAUUGGAGGAUAACUAAUGUUAUCCCACUUUUCAAGAAAGGAGCGAGAGAGAAAACAGGGAAUUACAGACCAGUUAGCCUGACUUCGGUGGUGGGAAAGAUGCUGGAGUCAAUUAUUAAAGAGGCAAUAAUGGGGCAUUUGGAUAGCAGUAAAAGGAUUAGUCCCAGUCAGCAUGGAUUUAUGAAAGGAAAAUCAUGCUUGACUAAUCUUCUGGAAAUUUUUUGAGGAUGUAAAAUGGAUGAAGGGGAGCCAGUGGAUGUAGUGUACCUAGACUUUCAGAAAGCCUUUCAUAAGGUCCCGCACGGGAGACUGGUGACUAAAAUUAGAGCACAUGGUAUUGGGGGUAGGGUGUUGACGUGGAUAGAAAAUUGUUUGUCAGACAGGAAGCAAAGAGUAGGAGUGAACGGGUCCUUUUCAGAAUGGCAGGCAGUGGCGAGUGGAGUGCCGCAAGGCUCGGUGUUGGGGCCGCAACUGUUUACCAUAUAUAUUAAUGAUUUGGAAGAGGGAAUUAGGAGCAACACUGACAAGUUUGCGGAUGACACAAAGCUGGGUGGCAGUGUGAACUGUGAAGAGGAUGUUAGGAGAUUGCAGGGUGACCUGGACAGGUUGAGUGGGCAGAUGCGUGGCAGAUGCAGUACAAUAUAGAUAAAUGUGAGAUUAUCCACUUUGUUGGCAAAAACACGGGGGCAGAUUAUUAUCUCAACGGGGUUAGGUUAGGUAAGGGGAAGGUACAGUGAGACCUGGGUGUCCUUGUACACCGGUCACUGAAAGUUGGCGUGCAGGUACAGCAGGCAGUGAAGAAAGCUAAUGGAAUGUUGUCCUUCAUAAUAAGAGGAUUUCAGUAGAGAGGUUCUUCGGCAGUUGUAUAGAGCUCUGGUAAGAUCACAUCUGGAGUAUUGCGUACAGUUUUGGUCUCCUAAUUUGAGGAAGGACAUCCUUGUGAUUGAGGCAGUGCAGCGUAGGUUCACGAGAUUGAUCUCUGGGAUGGCAGGACUGUAAUAUGAGGAAAGAUUGAAAAGACGAGGCUUGUAUUCACUGAAGUUUAGAAGGGUGAGGGGGGAUUUUCUAGAAAUAUAAAAUUAUAAAAGGACUAGAUGCAGGAAAAAUAUUCCCAAUGUUGUGCGAGUCCAGAACCAGAGGGCACAGUCUUAGAAUAAAGGGGAGGCCAUUUAAGACCGAGGUGAGAAAAAAUGUUUUCACCCAGAGAGUUGUGAAUUUGUAGAAUUCCCUGCCACAGAGGGAAGUGGAGGCCAAAUCACUGGAUGGAUUUAAGAGAGCAUUAGAUAGAGCUCUAGGGGCUAGUAGAAUCAUUGGAUAUGGGGAAUAGGCAGGCAUAGGUUUGUGAAUGGGGAUGAUCAGCCUUGAUCACAAUGAAUGACGGUGCUGGCUUGGGCCAAAUGGCCUCCUCCUGCACCUAUUUUCUAUGUCUGUGUUUCUAUGAUAGCCCAGUGAAGCAAGGGGCAGGUUUGUCUAAAAUACAGUUCUAAUGGAAAGUGCACUGAACCUUUAGCCUGGAUGCUUUUGCUUCGUGCCCAUGACCUGAAAAUAAUAUAGAUUAUUAUUAAUUAGUACAUAGAGUCACAGCCUAGUAAAAGACCCUUCUGCCCAUAAUGUCUGUGCCAACCAUGAUGCCAAAUCAAACCCCAUCUGCCUGUACAUGAUGCACAUCCCUUCAUUCCCUGUACUUUUGUGUGCUAUUAUAUAAAACAUGCCAUAAAAAUAUUAUCAAAUGAAGAAGGGUUUCAACCCAAAACACCACAUAUUCUUUCUCUCCAAAGAUGCUGCCUGUCCCACUGAGUUACUCCAGCAUUUUGUGCCCAACAAAGACUACAUUUGGCUACACUUACAAUUUAAAAGCAGGUGCAUCACCAAAUUCAAACGCAUGGGCCCACAUUAGGUGCAGCAGCUGCGGCUAAUCCAAAGACAAGAGAUUGGAUAUGAAUCUGAAUGUAUCCAGGUUCUUGGUUCAGAAAUGCACAGCUGACUGCCACUUUCCUAACACUUGCAUGGAAUGCAUAGAAGUCUAAGUCCAGAGCACAAUUCUGAAGUUGGUCAUCAGUUCUCAAUUAACUUGGCUAUUAGCCAUCACCCAUCUUCUGUAUCACCACAAAACGACCUCCCGCACCUGUUCCUGACAUUCUACAUUGUCUCCUGGAAUCCCUCAAAGUUUCAAUUACUUGAUUACCAUUAAUUACAAACAUAAUAGGAUCAUUCAUUAGAAUUUUAAGCACAUUUUACUAAUUUACUAACAAUUACAGUCUUAAUUGGUGGAGAUAGUUCUGGUUAGCAAUCAGUUUGGAAUGUGCAAGUUCCUAAGAUAUGCAGAUAUUAUAUGUUGACAAGAACAUGCCUCAGAAACCUUGUGAUUCCAUUAGAUUGAAACAUAAACACAUUAGUGAAAGCAGAGUCUUUGGGAAUCAUGUAUUCUUUCCUCAGUAUUCACAAGUAUUUGCAAAAUGAUUAACAAAAAGUGUUGCUGAUGAUGCUAUCAAACUACACUGACUCACCAGUAACCUGCUCAUUCUUGGGAUUUGUCAGACCUCAUCAGUCUUUGGCCAAGCCUGAACCGGGGCUGUGUCAGAAGUGUGGUGAGUAACUAUCCUUGACUUUACGUCAACAUUUGAAUGAUGGAGGUGGUGAACUGCUGUGGAAAAGGAGAAGUGGGUAUUAAGUGAAGAAACAUUCCAGUGGUUUUAUUUGUACUUUGCACAAAUGGUUUUGAUUUUUGGAGAUAAAUCAUCCCAGCCUCCGGAUAGCAUCCUAAACCUUUUUUUCUGCUGUUUUAUCAAUGAUCUCCUACCCAUCAGAAGGUCAAAAGUGGGGUGUUGCUGACAGCUGGUCUGUUCCAAGUGUCCAACCAUCACCCCAAAAAUGUCCUCUCCCUUGGUUGUCUCAUCUCAGCUGUCGUGGAGCCAUCAAUAUGGAUCUACACACACAAGAUAUAUAAAAUUCUCUCAGAAUGUGUCGUUUUUCUCAUUGAGUUUAGUUUAUUGUCAUGUGUUCAGAGGUACUGUGAAAAACGUUUGUUGUGUUUGCCAUGCACAGUCUAACAAUGUUUUUAAGGUUGGUAUAUUUCCUUGAAAUGCUUGAAAUAGCAGAUUUUCAAAUCUAAAAUAAUAAAAUUUAAGUCCCAGUAUCUUUGCUGGCUAGAAAGAAAGGUAUUGUAUUCACGCACUGGCCGACAUGGCUGUUGAUGGUUUGCCAGUGGGUAUCUGGAAGUAUUGUGUAUCGGCUUGUGUGAAAUGAAUAGGAUUGUCAAAUGCCAGCACAGUGAAACAUACUUGAAUUAUUUGCUCCAGUUCUGAAAAGAUCAAGUUCCAAUGUGUGUGUUUGUUGCCAAAUGUCACCUUGGUUUGUUUGCCUGAAGCGCUCUGUGUCACGGAGCAAACCUCAAGUGAUCUAGUGAAUUACAAAUAGUUUUUGUGUGAAAACUAACUUCAAAAAAUCUGAACUUCACUUUCACUAAAGUGGAAAAGACCAAAUGAACAAUAUUACGUUUGAUGGAAUUUUAAUCUUGCCCUCUGUGGUUGGACCUUAGGCAAUCAGAGGGAACACGCCUUGUGCUUGUUCUGACCCAAACUGUCAUCUAUUGAUGUUCUCCGGAGAUGCUUUCUGACCCACUGAGUUACUCCAACACUUUGUUCCUUGUAUCCACAUCUCGUACUGUGAUUAGCGACAGUUACAAUUUCAAAUAACCCACCUAUUUCAAAGUAACCAAUAUGGAAAUUGAUGUGAAUACAUAUUCUUCCCAGAGGAUUUUGAAUGCAAAAGUAAAACUGUCUUAAGACAAUUGAAUUGGGUUUUGGAGCGACUACACCUGGAGUAUUAUGAACAGUUUUGGUCAUAUUACCCGUAAAAAGAUAUACCUGUCAAAGAUCAGCAUUGUUUCCAAGGAUGGUGGGUUUACUGAAAAGAGAUUGAUUAAGCUGGCGUUAUAUUCUUUCGAGUGAGAUCUCAUUGAAAUUUACAAAAAUAGACAGGCAGGAAGGUUAGAAAGAAAAUACAAAGUGUUGGAGUAACCCAGAGGGUCAGGCAGCAUCUCUGGAGAAAAUGGAUAGGUGGUGUUUUCGGUCAGGGCCCUUCUUCAGACUGAUUGUGGGGAGGGGGUGGGUGUUUGAUAGGCAAGUAGUUUGUAAAGGCCAGAGAUAAGGAAAAAAAGGUGUGUGAGGCAGGAAGAUAAUUUCAUCCCACUGUAGAGCAGUAGUCUGUAAUCUUGCAACAGAGGGAUGGUCUGUUUCAGCCAGAAAGAGAAAAAAAAUUCAUUCUGCAGAGGGUUGGGAAAUCUUUGGAAUUCCUACCCUAAAAGGCUGUGGAGUCUCACUUGAGAUUGAUGGAUAUCCUCGUAUUAUGGGAUCUGCAGGAAAGAAUGGUGAUAUGGAAGAUUUUCCAUGCUCGAUGAGUGAUGGAUUGGGGUAGAAGGGCUGAAUGGCCUCCUCCUGCAGUGAUGUUCCAGCAAUUGUGUUAUCCAUAAAGGAAUCCAUCAGUAUGGACAUGCAGUUGAACGAGGGAAGCAACAGGGCUCGGGGAGAAGCACGAGGGGUUGCCCUGACCACUGGCUCGAAGAGAUGGCCGAGUUUCUCAAUUGCUGAAACGGGGUUGGGUGGGUAAAUGAUCAAGAAAGCACAUAAACUUUGUACAUUAAAGGAGACAUUCUACAUCUAAAAAAAACUGGUAGUCCGCAUAUUUCUGGUCUGUGUGACAAGUAUUUGAAAAAUGGCUACAUUUUCAUAAAACAAUGACUGUCCCAAUCUCUACCCGAUGCUAGUGGCUGAUCUCAGAAGUGCCUUUUGAUUUGUGCUCGGCACAAAGGGUCGCUAUUCAGAUGUUGAAUCUGCGGGUAGGAAAUGAGUUUGGAGACCACACAGGACAUGGGCUGACUUCGCCUCUGAACCGUAUAGUUUUUGCAACUUUCUGAUAGAUCUUCAGUUAUCGUUCUUAAAAGUAAUUGUUGUUACAAAUAAAUGAUUGAAUUUGAAGUGAAAUUCAAAGCUGAAGUGGAUGGGUAGGGGUUUGGUCUAUUGAGUUUAAUGCAAGUGAACAGGGAUGGGUUUGGCUCAUUGCAAGCCCACCUUUGUAUAUUUAUUACCUGAAGGGGUGAAAGUUAAUAGUUGCAUAUAUAGAUAAACAGUAGCUACUAUUUUCUUCAAAGAUUCAGGAGUUUACAUAAAGCAAAACGAAUGCCAUUUUUGAAAGCAAUAAAUGGAGUUGCUCAAGCCCAGUCAUGUUGAAGAGGAACCAGUUUGAAAUAUCGGUUGGAUUUGCAGGGUAACUACAAUUCAAGCUUAGUCUCCAAUUUAUGAUUUUUUUUUUUCCCCCAGCCAAUGCAGGUAAUGUACACAAUCUGCAGUCAGACACUGCCUAAACCUUUGUCAAACCUUCACUGACUAGGUAGGACAAUGUAGUUGACUCUCCUCCAACAUUUCAUUCUAAAUUGGAGCAUAGUAUUCACUCUCUCCUUCAUCCUCACUGAGUCUACAAUGAAAAUUUGUUUUGCAUGUCGGAUAUAUUUAUUGAAAAAUUGCUUGUCAGAAAAGAUAGAAAAAAAUGAGAAGCCUAUGGUGGAUUAAAUCCAAGCCUGGAAUUAUUCUUGAGAUACCUUGUAAUAAAUGAGUGUUAUAUUCUUGUCCCAUUCUAAAUCCCAUUGUUUUCUGGUCUGUCACCAUUUCCAUCCAUUUCACUGGAGACCAUUAGGGUCUGAUUCUGCCCCCCAAGCCCAGCUCAGCCGGACAGGGGGACCUCCAUAAGACAUUUUACAGAAGUCUUGCAGGCAGCAAGUGACAGCAGCAAACAUCCCACAAUCAGUUUGAACAGGUGAGAUUUCCUUGCUGCAGCAGAGAAACAAGACUGCUUUGUUCAUCAUUAGUAUUUAAACAGAAAUGAGCAAUUGAACCAUCAUUUUGUUUCCAAAUCACAACUAACUCCUGCCAGCACCUUAAAACGGAUCGCAACUGUAUGAAUAUUCUUUCUAACCUGCCAGAGUCUACUUUAGUGGAUGGAUUUAGUGAACAUUCCAUGUGUGUGGUGUGACUGAUUUAAACCAAGGGCAAUUCAGCAAGCAGCAUUUGGAGAAAUAUUUUUUCCAUCCCUGCAGUCUCAAUGUGCAAUAACAUUUUAAAGCCAUGGUUCGCUGCUCUCUGCCUUGAUACUUGGGUCAUUUAUGUCUAUUUUGUAUCCAUGAAAUCAUUCUGGCCACUCACUAUGAAAUAUGGUGAUUAAAAUCAUAUGGUGUACAACAGCUUUGUUCAGAUUUGUGCACAGUUACUGCAGAGGAACUGAAUGUGCUUUUCAUGCAUGGGCCAUGGUCUUGAUCUUUGGUCUAUUAUGUUGAAAGACUGGGGGAAUAUGGUGGGAGAAUGUUUACUGUUUGAGGACAUAUCUCGCAGUGCACUUGCUCUUUUUGGUUCAGUUGCAAAGAGUUCACCACUAAGCACAAUUUGCUUGAGUAGAUUUGUAUACUUUCUCACACCUUUCAAUCCCCGUAGAUAAAAUAAAGAAACUGGCAAAAUAAUUCUGUAAAAGUUCAAAGGGAACACCAAAUUGAAUACAUAUUUGGAAGUGUUUGCUCCUGUUAGUUUGAUUCCACAGAACCUCUGAGUAUUGGUGAGACCAGAUCAGCGCCUGUUGGUGUCCCUCACUGUGUCAUUGAUAACACUGAAUGUUUUUUAAAAUUAUACACAAUAUUGUGAAUAAGUUCAUACUCAAUAAACAAUAUAUGAUUAUGAACUUGUUUGUGCUUUCACUCUGCAAACUGACACAGCAUGUUCUAUGGGGGCCAGUAAUGUGAAGUGGGGAGAGAGACAUGGUGUGAGAGGGCACGGUGUGAGAGGGCACAGUUACCUACCAUGAAGCAGUAGAUCUGGAAGUAGAAAGUAUGAUCUGCUCCCAUGUAUAGGUGUUGCCCUUGAGGGUUGUUCUUCCAUCUGAACAUUGCAAUCUGUUUCUUCUUCUGAGAAAUGAAAAUUCCAGACCUUGCAGAGAGACGUGUGUCCUUCUGUACAUCACCUCUGAUGGGAUAACUCUCAUCAAGUCAGGACCUCGCUCACAAAAGAUUUAAGAUUGGCUCUUCAGAUCUGUUGAAAAGUGGCAAUGGCCCUGAGCAGCUCUGUGCCUGCAAUAGAAACUUUUGCUGUGUAGCCUAUACCAUCUCCACUGUCCAUCAGUUCCACUCUGAUUCUCAUGUACCAAUGUGUUUUAGGGCUGAUUUAGAGUGGCCAAAUAACUUGUCUACCUGCAUUUCUUUGGUUUAUGGGAGAAAAACAGUCACAGGGAAGAAUGUGUGAACUCCACAGGGUGCCAGAGAUAAGAUCAAAUCAGGUUGGUGAAAUUGCAAGGCAGCCAUGC